CUUACCCGAAAGAAGGAGCUAUUACCUGUGUCUUACCAUUCUCAGGUUGUGUUAGCAGUGCUGGGCGUGUGCUCCACCUCCCUCCAGCAGGCCUACAACCACGGCUACAACUUCGUCCAGCCUCGUUACGUCGGGCCCUUGGCAUCCACCGUCCCCGCUGGCGUCGACGGAACCAUCACUCCCGUGUCCGAUAACUACGAAGUGGCCGCCGCUCGUGGCGCCUUCUUCAGGGCCUACCAGGAUCAGCUGGCGACUGUCAAUGCCCUCAGCUACGAAACUCCCGCCACCCACCGCGCCGCACAUCGCAGUGUGCCGUCUGUGCAACAUAAUGCACCAGCUGUUCAUUAUAAUACAUCAGCUGUGCACCACAAUGCACCAACUGUGCACAACAGAGAGACAGAAAUGCACCAUAAUAUAGAAGCUGUGCACCACAAAGCGCCAGCUGUGUACCAUAAUGCACCAGAUGUGCACUUUAAUGCACUAGCUAUGCAUGAUAAUGCACCAGCUGUUCAUCAUAAUACAGCAGUUGUGCACGACAGAGCGCCAGCUGUGCACCAGAAUGCAGCAUCUGUGCACCACAGAGCGCCAGCCGUGCAUCGUAAUGCACCAACUGUGUACCACAGAGAGCCAGCUGUGCACCAUAAUGUAGCAGCUGUGAGCCAAAGCCUGCCAGCUGUCCCCGGCCAGGUCCGCGACACCCCCGAAGUGUCGGCCGCCAGGGCUGAGUUCUUCCGCCUGUACAACCUGCAGGCGGCAGCAGCAGCCGCAGCGCCGGACCACCACGCUGUUUCCCCUCACUGAACUGUCGCCAAACCUUCGAGCAGAUAAGCUGGGAUCAAAACAAGUUCACUUUCAAAAUCCAGUUAAAUAAAGAAAGCAAUUCUAUUUACUCAUUUACAUAAGAUCCACAGAAUAUGACGGUUGACAGUCAAUAUUAUUUGUAUCCAUUUCUUAAAAAAAACAAAAUAUACUGAAAUACGGUAUAUA